UUCUGUCAGUGCUAGAUUAUACACCUUAGUGAAUGUACAUGUGUUACACAAUCACGCCUUAAAAAGCUGCGCAUAAGGAAGUUGUUAUUUGGACUGAAAUUAUCGGGAAUAACGAGAAAAUCUGUUAUCCAAAUUUACACCACGUUUACUGCGGAUGAAAGUGAAAAUAUAUGAUGUGUUGAAGAAUGCUUCUUAGAUUGAAUCACAAAGAAGGAUUCAGAAAGAGACAACAACCUACCAGCAACGGACAUACACCUACCUUUAGACUUAGUGCCCCCAAACUCCGUCUUUUGAGAACGGUCGGGAAAAACAGAUGUUUGCUUGCUAGCUCGUCUUUUUACGGAAUCUGGGCAAGUGAAGACCACGGACUGGUAGAUGACUGCAUGAGAAGGUAAUAAAAUUGGCAAACCCUGACAGUUUUACCUUACAACAUUGGAAAGUCUGAUUACUUCGAUACUGGACACUGAUAUAAAGUUACGAUUGAUAACAGUACGGCGAUAAAUUGCGCCUGUUGAAACCAACUAGGUGCAAAACCUAGAAAACGGUUUAUAAACAAGAAUUUUAUUACGUGAUCAUGUCCGAGAAUACAAAGAUACCCGGACUUGUCACUCGGAACAGAGAACAUAAAGACAGGGGAAGCGUUGUUGUACUUGGAAGCAAUGCUAAUACUGUAGCUCCAAUCCAAGGCAUCUACGAAAAAAUAUGCAGUCCAAGAAUUGCGCCUGUUGGUGCAUGUCCGUGCGACAAUACCAGCUGCAAAGAAAGGCGUGGGGUCCAAACUUUUGACGACAUACUGAAGAACGGUGAUGCAUGUCUCACAUCAAAAAGUUACAGUCGUGUUUGCCUGGUCUAUGCCGAACAGCCUUGCGUUGAAGUUGAAAUACAGUACUCCAGAAAAGAGAAUGCUGACCUUCAAUAACGACAAACGCUGCAGUGAUGAAGGAUUCAAUAGGAUAUUAGCAGAUGCCGGCUUCUACGUGAAGCCUAAAAAUAGGGAACAAGAGAGUAUUGUGCGUCUCGCAUGUUGUCGUUGUCCACUCGAACUUAGGAUGCUGGGACAAUCGUUUGAUCCGGACCGUGAGCAUGCGCGAUGGUUUCCAACGUGUGCCCAUGUCAUCCACCGAAUGGGAAUAGAAUUUAUCCAUAGUGUUUUGGAGGAUACAAGGAAACAGCAGGAACACGAUGAUGGUGUUGAAAACUGAUUUACAAGUGGCACGGGACCAACUUUAAGUCGUUUUGUUUUGUUUUGCUUUGUUUUUAUUUUAUCUGAUCGUAUUGACAUUUAAUAUAUAACCAUUAAACAUAUUAUAAGUUCGUUAAGUUCACUCCCCAUAUGUAUUAACAAUGUAAUAUUUGUAUAGCAUGCUUGCCAACUUCUCCGAAUUCACAUUUGGAAAAUUAUGCAUGAUCAAAAUUCGAAGUCUCGGAAAAGAACAUUUAUAAACUUUCUCUUGAAAAACUAAUACACCAAAACAACAUACUUCAAACUGCUGUGUCUAUUGAGAAAAAUAUAUAUUCAAAGUAGUGGAAACGGAAAUGGUUUCAUUGAUAUUUCGACUUUAAAUUUAAAUAGUCAAAGAGAGUUUCCGCCCAAAAUGAGGAGUAGCAAGCAUGUUAUAAAUGUUCACACUCGUGUAUAACCCAGUUCCGGAUUCUCCAAUGUGGAAAUAUUUUUAAUUAUCACCAACAAAUGAAACAGAAAGCAUUAACAACACUCUGAUUAUAAUUGAUUAUAAAUCAACACCGAAAAUUACAUGCGAAUUCUUCAGAAUGUACUUUAAAUU